AUGUACCGAACACCCACGAGAACGCUGGGCAGGGUGGCCAACACCUCCACCCUCGCACCCUUCCACCUUCGUGCCCUGGCCGCUGCUGCGGGCACCAGCUCCGCCAAGAGCAGUUCCAGCCAUCAUGCGGGCCACAAGGAACACGGCCGCAAGCGACCGGCCAAGGACGAAGACGACGAUAGUGACCGCGAGGACGAGGAGGACAUCAACAAGUUGGCGGGAGCAGACGACGCUAAGACGCCGGACGAGCUCGUGGUGGGGGACCUACGCGAGCAGAUGGCCGAGAACGUGGGCCUUGACGGGGACCACGAGAUCGGCCGCGAGGGGGGCGAGGGCCGCCUUCACGCCCUCCAUGACGCCGAGCAGGACGCCCUCGAACGGCGCGGGUACGGGGGCGAGGAGGUGCCCUACACGGCUUCCGCCACCGACGACCCCGAUGACCGCUCCGAGCAAGUCGACAUCGGCAGAAGUGCUUGA